AAAGGGUAAUACAGUGGUACCUUGGGGUACAGACGCUUCAGGUUACAGACUCCGCUAAUCCAGAAAUACCUCAGGUUAAGAAUUUUGCUUCAGGAUGAGAACAGAAAUCGCACAGCAGCAGUGGGAGGCCCCAUUAGCUAAAGUGGUACCUCAGGUUAAGAACAGUUUCAGGUUAAGAACGGACCUCCAGAACAAAUUAAGUUCUUAACCCGAGGUACCACUGUAGACAAAUGUAUGGAGUAUCAGGCUCUUAAUGAUUCCUAGUCAUAAUUGCUACAUUUCCUCCAGUAUCAGAGGCAGCAUCCCUCUUAAUACCAGUCACUGCGGAUCAGGAGAGUGCUAUGACAUACCCUGAUUGUGAGCUUUCCGAGACAUCUAGUUGACCACUGUAUGAACAGAAUGCUGAAUGAGAUAAGUCUUUCAUCUGAUCUGGCAGUGCUCAUAUUCAUUCUAGAUUUAUUUAAUCCUUUGUUUUUAUUAUUCUUUCCUCCUGAUUUAGGGAACAGCUGUAAAGGAUGUAGAAUUGUAUUGUAUUGUUAUAUGUUAAUAAUCUUUCCAUUAAUCGUAAGAAAAUAGUUUAUUUUGCAUUGCGUCUAUUCCUCAUCCCAAAGCAUAUGAUGAAAACAAAAAGCACUUUAAAUUGGGCAGGGGGUGUCAAGCCACAUUUUAUUCUCCAUUUUGCAGCUCAAUAUUUCAUAGUAGGUGGCAAUAAUAUAUAUGGGAUUUUGGUGUAUGUGUACUGUUUCAGAUAGCUGAAAAUAUAUGGCAGCAGUCUGCUAAGAACCACGUAUUAAAAGGGAUUAUGAUGCACUUGUAUUUCAGGAGCUAAGGGCACCAUUCCUAUUGAUUACAUUGACUCAAUACGUUUCUGAUUGCAUUUAAACACUCUAGUAUAUCCUCUGGUUCCAUUUAUGACUUGAUUGCAUUGGCAAAUUUGGAAUGUCCCCUUUUAUCUCAUCACAUCUGUUUAAUCAAGCUAAUAUUCCAUCUGCUACUUUGCUAUGCUAAUGCUUGCAGUGUGGACAAACUUAAGUUCUUAGUGGUGAACAACCCAUUUACUUCCCUCCCAGAGUGCCUGCUCUGCAGUUUGAAUUUUGAGCCCUAUGAGUGUGUUCCUUUCUUCUGAACAAUCAGUGUUAAAUUUUCUUGAGAAAAAGAUUCCACUUGUGCAGAUUUCAAGAUCUACUUGCGGAGCUCCCAUACAAAUCCCUAUGUUUUGCCAUCAGCUAUCAUUACAGAGCUGACGACAGAUGGUGAUCUGGUUGCUAUAAAAUGCAUCUUCGCUUGUUGCAAAACCUCAGCGUUGAAGAACUUCUUUUGUAUACAUCAGCUGCCACUCCUUAUCUCUGGGGGAAAUGAACUUCUCACUAUGUGUGCCAGCCAGGAUUUUGAAUGCAACCUUCUCCCGCUAUAGAGAAGUGGCCUCAAACGCCUCCUUCACUUUGGAUAAAACUUCAUUCCAAAACCUGCAAGAAUUGAUCAUCUAUCCUCCAUACUCCAAGACAAUGAUGUUCCUGAUCCCGCCGAUAUUGUGCCUUACAGCAGCCGUCCUGAUCAACCCUUGCAUUCUGUUUGUGAUUCUUUCUCGUGUCAACAUCCGUCAGGAGACAAGAUACCUGCUGCUGGGAAAUGCUUUGCUCUGUGAUUUGUUAUAUCUGAUACUCUAUGCUAUGUCUGCAGUUUUCAAUGUAAUGAAACUCCACCUUCCCAAGAACCCUUGUGUGCUCCUGUUGUUUCUGCUGGCCAUGACUUACUGCGGAGGGUUGCUAACGGCUGCCGCCAUGGUGCUGGAUACAUAUGUGGCCAUUUUGUGGCCUUUGCAUUACAUCUCCAUUUUGCCAUCUUCACGAGCAAAGAAGCUGAUACUGUUCCUAUGGAUCUUGUCUGGGAUUUUCCCUGGGAUUGUCUUCUUAAUACUCAAGUUUACCCAGAAACCCAGUGUAUGCCCAGUGGAAAACUGCUCUGUCCCCAUAAUACUGGUAAUGACUCUACAUGGAGAUGGGGCCGUGAAAUCCUGCUAUGUAGUCUCCGUUUCUGCCCUUUUUCUCUGUCUGUCCCUCAUACUCUGCUGUUAUAUGAUCCUGUAUUUCAAAACAAAGCAGUCAGGCAUAUGGAAAAGCAUGUUCUCUAGAGCCAGUGUGACGUUCCUGAUGCAUCACAUUCUCUUGUUCUUUCAUUUCUCUCCCCUCUUGGCUAUUGUGGUGGACUCCUUGCUUUAUGUCAAUGCCGUCAUUGGGACACAGACAGGGAUAUUGGUCUCUCUAAUAAUAUGCAAUGUGCUGAUAAUCUUGCCCAAAGCUCUCUUGCCUUAUCUGUGUGGGCUUCGAUACAGGGAGAUAGCCUCAUCCCUCAAGUUCUUCUUCAGACGGAAGCGCAUGACUGCCGUGUCUCCAGUCUCAACCAUUUGAGCAGAAACAUACAAAAGACUUGCCGUGGUUUGGAGCUGUAUUUGACCUCUUCUAUCAAGUUGGAAGGAUUCCCCCCCCCCCAAAAAAAAAAUCAUUCAUUUGUUGUCUGCUGGCUGAGUUAUUAGCCAUUUAUUUUUCCAAGGUCAGCAUACUGUGAAUGGAAAAGUAGUAGUAUCAAGCUGGUAUUUUGAUAUAUAAUGAUAACAAUGUUGUGUUGGAUUAGAUGUCAUGGUGCAGCAGUAAAUUAGAAGGAAGAAUUUAACCAAAAAAGAAUUUUCACCUGUAGAGAAAACUGGAAAACCAAAGAACAUGGGCAAGUGUAACAAUUGUUACUAUUCUGAUUUCAAAGUCAUCAGAUGUGCUUGGUUUUCAAAUGAGGCCCCAUGUGAUUUUUUUUUUAAUUUUAUUGUGCAUUUAUGAUGAUUUGCACUUAUGGUGGUUUGGGGGCAGUCAUACAAUAUUCCACUUUCAAUACUGUUCAUGUCUACUGUUCAAGUUUUGGGGUGGCCAUAUGGCUUGAUUUCCUAUCAUUGCAUAUCCUCUAAUUUCUUGCUGAAAUCCUUUAACUUUUCAUACCACAAACAAUCUGGGGGUGGAUCCUAUUUUAUUUUAUUUUAGCUACAGUGCAAGAAUGUCCCUCCAGACAGCAAUAGAGUGGUAGCAAUGGGAAGGCAUCACAGAACAAGUAAUGAAGUCCCGUGAUGUGUGGACAGUCCAGUAUAAAUCCACCAUUAAAGCACUAUUGCUGAGUAGAGAACAUGUCGCAGAAUACACCCAUAAAAAACAGCAGCCUGGAAGUGUCCUGGAUUCAGCAUGCAUAUUCCUGUGAUCAGAUUGGUGAUUGUCUACAUUCCCAAUUACAUCUCUGAAACAACAAAUAUCUCCCUACCUUCCAAUAGCAUAUUAACUUUGUAUAUACAGUUCAAUCCUAUGCACUGUCCCCUUGAUUACUGUUGCAUCUAUUUGUCUUUUCGUCUGUUGCUGGACGUAUGAAAUGUAGCUAUGAAGGCAGAGGAAACAUAUGGAAUUUCUGAGUUACUGAAAAUGUAUGGAAAUUGUGAGCUACUAUAGGGGAUGUGUCAACAGAGAACCUGUUUACAAUUUUCCAUAGUUACAGGUCUCUGUGUUGUUUUUAGCACUCUCAUCAAAUACAAGCAUAAAGAUGUUAGAAAUUGUGUGACUUGAUUUUAGGGGGAAAUUACUUUUACAGCAUUAUCUAGACCUGAAUUGGGGGACAUUAUUUCUUUCGGAGGCUGUCUUUCCCUUGGGAGUAAUCUGUCAGGGCUGCACAUCAGCAGUGGGGCUGAAGCCAGCCGUGGGUAGGUUCAAAGCCAGUCCUCCCUCCCUCCCUCUCCCCCGCUCUCUCUUCAUAACCCCUUUUUCUCCCUCUCUU